AUGGCAUCAGUUGAUUAUUCUGAAAAUCUCAAGAAAUCACUUGAAGAGUUCUCUAAACAAGAAAACAAAACAAUCACACCUGAAUUGGAGGGAGUUAUAGACAAUAUUUCAAAAACUGGAAUUACAUGCUAUCCAUGGAAUAUAUUAAAAGAUUUAUUUUAUUUUAAACUAUCAGAGAUUUUAGAUAUUUUCGAAAAGGAAUAUCUUGAACAAUCAAACAUUUCAAAUUUACCAAACUCACCACAAUCAUCACCAUCCAAUAAUGUUAAUUUAAAAGAUGAGGAAAUGGCAAAAAUAAAGAAUCAAGUUAACACUUCAGGUUUAUUGAAAAUGAAAAAAGAUUUUUUACAAAAUUUUAAAGAUUCAAAAGCUGCACCAUUUACAAUUCAAAGACUUUGCGAAUUAAUUAUAAAUUAUCAAAUGUAUAAAUCAUUUAGUAAAUAUUUAUGCGCAGUCGAAAAAAUGUUAAAUGUUUCAUCUCUUCCUCAUUUAACGCCAGAGGAAGUUAUAGAAUAUAAUAAAAAUAAAAAUUCAAGUAGAAUAUCAGAUAAUGAAAAUAACAAUAGUGAAGCUAAAGACAUACCAUCAAUCGAUACAUACGCAUUCUCAUCAUCAUUUACAACUUCAUUCCCAACUGCCACAACAACCUCCGCAUCUGAAAAUAAUGAUACCGAUCAAGAAAUGAAAGAUGUUGAAAACGAAAAAUAA